UCACCUCCGGCCGGCGCUUCCGCCGCCUUACGGUACCGACGGCGGUGCCGCCGCCGGCCAUGAGCAAGCGGAAGGCUCCUCAGGAGAGCCCCAACGAGGGCAUCACCGACUUUCUUACCGAACUGGCUAAUUACGAGCGCAACGUGAACCGGGCCAUUCACAAGUACAACGCGUACAGGAAAGCAGCUUCGGUUAUUUCCCGGUAUCCCAGCAAGAUCCGGAGCGGGGCCGAGGCCAAGAAGCUGGAUGGAGUAGGUGCUAAAAUAGCUGAGAAGAUAGAUGAGUUCUUAUCCACUGGAAAACUACGCAAAUUGGAAAAGAUUCGACAAGAUGAUACAAGUGCAUCUAUCAAUUUCUUGACACGAGUUACUGGCAUUGGUCCUGCUGCUGCUAGGAAGUUUGUUGAGGAAGGAAUCAAGACUUUAGAAGAUCUAAGAAAAAAUGAGCACAAGCUGACCCAUCACCAGCGAAUUGGGUUGAAGUAUUUUGAAGAUUUUGAGAAAAGAAUCCCAAGGGAAGAAAUGCUGCAAAUGCAGGAAAUUGUGCUGAGAGAGGUAAAGAAGCUGGACCCAAACUAUAUUGCUACAGUCUGUGGCAGUUUUAGACGAGGCGCAGAGUCAAGCGGCGAUAUGGAUGUUCUCCUAACCCAUCCGAGUUUCACAUCUGAAUCAUCCAAACAGUCAAAACUUCUGCGUCAAGUUGUAGAACAACUGGAAAAAGUCCACUUUGUCACAGAUAUGCUGUCUAAAGGUGACACCAAGUUCAUGGGUGUCUGUCAGCUGCCAGAUAAAGAAGAUGGAACAGCCUAUCCACAUAGGAGAAUUGAUAUCCGGCUUAUCCCUAAAGAUCAGUAUUACUGUGGUGUACUGUAUUUCACAGGAAGUGACAUAUUCAACAAGAACAUGAGAGCUCAUGCUCUGGAAAUGGGCUUCACGAUCAAUGAGUAUACAAUCCGUCCCUUGGGUGUCACUGGAGUUGCUGGGGAGGCCCUACCAGUAGAAUGUGAAAAAGACAUCUUUGACUAUAUCCAGUGGAAAUACCGAGAGCCAAAGGAUCGGAGUGAAUAACUGCUUGUCUAGGUGCUCAGGUGUGAUCGUUGUGCUGCUCUACUGACUAGUGUUUGACAAGACGAACUGAAGCCAAGGUCACAGUGCUGAAAAAUUUCUGGAUGUCAAGCAAUGUCACUGAAAACUAACUGGCUUACAGAUUUUGGUCUGGAAAUGAUGAGCAUAGUAAAGCCCAGAAGCACAGCGUGAGGUGCAAAGGCAGCUUUUCUCCCUCUUGACCUAUGAUAAGCAGUAUGUGAUCUGCCCUUCUCUCCUUUCUUCAGCCACUCUAUCUUGUCCACAGAUUCCUCCUACCUGCUCUCCUGGUGAGAAAUCAAUGUUCAACGUGCCCUGGCCAUGGAUUAGUGACUGCCUUCCCCAGCCUCAUUCUGGCUUUCUCCUUUUAUUCAGCCCCAAAUGUCCUACUGAAAUGAUCUAAGAAAUCCAGAGCAAAUCUUAAGGUUUCCAUGUUUUCCCAUGUCGGUAACACGGAACAUUCCACCCUCAUGCAUGCUGAAUUGUGGUUUCUUUUAGACAAGAGCCCUCCCUUGCCAGUUCUGAACAAAUUUGUAUCUCCUUUGUGGAUGUUUCUCUGAUCCAGAAACUGAUCCUUCUUUACUGGCUAAGCAUCUAUUACAGGUUUGGCGAGGUAUGCAGAGAUUUUGUAAAUGUGUGGAAAUUCUUGAUGUGCAUAAAAGGAUUAUUUUCUGCCUCCUUUGCACUAGCUCUGCUGCAGUUUGUUUUAAAAAUGGUGUGCUUUUAUUUUACUAAAUAAUGUAUCUGCUAAUGUCUUCCCUGUAGAGUUUGUUCAGCUGAAACUGGCUGCAAGAACUGCUGUUGUGCCUUUUAAAACCAGAAGGAUGUGUGCCUGUGUAGAGAUUGUUCUUACACAGUUGCGUCUGUCUUUGUUCUCUGUGUUUGGUUAGAGCGCAGUUGCAUAUUCUGGAGAACUCCUUGGAAGUUCUCCAGAAUGUUUUUUCUAUGUACCCAUUUCUUCAGUUGGGUAAGCAGGUGCAUGAGUGCUUGCAGUUCUUAUUUUAUGUGCUUAGCUCUUAGUGUAAUGGGUUUUAUGAGUGGUACAGCAAUGCAGAUGACCAUUCGCAAUUGUCAGGAGCUCCAGAGAGCUUUAUGUUGCCCAAAGACAGCAGUAGCAAAAAGCGUUCCACUUGUUUCUUUUCAUCUAAGAACAUCAUUAUACAUUAAUUAGAUUACUGUUAGAAGAAUUGUGCAGUUAUCCCAUUCCUCAUAACUGAGCCUAAAACAAAAGAGUGUUGUCCUUGCAUGUGACACAAUGUGGAGGUUAUGUUUGUAGACAUAGCCUUUUGCCAGGAUGGACCUUGCUUUUAUUUACAAAGUAAAGGUAACACCAAUACAGAACAGCACUGUGGGUGUACCUCUGAUGCUAAUUUAGUGUCGGAGGAGACAGCUGAGAGCAAAUAGCUACAUGUUUCAGAGAUGCUGUGAAAGGAAGAGGAGAAAUGGCACUGAGUUUCCCUACAGAGUAGAGAAAAGGGAUGGGAAUUCUAAUGAGAGACUGUACAGUCUCUGAAUAGUGUUGAUACUUCACCUUGCGGGAUGUUUGUCCUGGUACCUUAAGAGAAAAAUCAAACUAUCGUUAUUUUUCUCCUGAUAUUCUUAAACAUUCAGAGAUUUAUACGUGCAUGAAUUUUUAAAGACAGAAAGAUCAAUUCUUGAUGAAGGUCACAGAUCCUAUUUUUGACGUAAAUGUUACUUUUUUCUUUUUUUUUUUUUUUUUUUUACGUCAAGCCUUGAUCCAAAAAUGUCGAGUCAUGAAUAAGUGAAGUCUCUGGGUUUUAGCGUUUGUUUUUUUUUUAAAAAAAAAAACCAACCAACCAAACAAAAACCACAACAACAAACCCAACCCCACCUAAUUUAAAUAAUACAUAAAAAUGUCUAACGUAGGCUUUUAACAGACAACUGUUUAAUCUAGCAGCAUCAAUCCUGCUUCUGAAGACAGACCUCUUCUCUUGGUUAGCCAGCCUUCUCCUGGUUAACAGAUUGAAAUUUUGAACUGAUGUAGGCAUUUGCCCACUCAGAACCACCUAUUGGUCUGCUAGAUCUUUCUUCUGAUCUGUUUCUAGUUCUUUGUAUCUUAUGUAUACAUAAGACACCAGAAUGAGAAAGCUGGCCGUGUCCUGAAGUACUCCUAAAGAAUACCAUUUUCAACUACUGUCUGUAGCUCCUUAUCUAUGUGUUAAGUGUCCUGGUGAAGCUGAAGCUCGUGCUAAGCUGUUUCCGUGUCCGUCCUUCUAAAAUAUGGCCGUAUGCUAAUGUGGCCAUUCUCCUGCUGCACGUGACCUGAGUUCUUUGUUCCUACAUAUGUUGUAGUACUAUCGGUUGCAGUGUUCCAUGUUUUGUUCAACUUGCCAUUACCCAGAAGACCGGUCUGAUUAAUCAAUGCAUUUCUACCACUCCUAUAGAGUCAAUCUGCCCCUUUUUAUAUGCAAAGCCAUCAGCUCUGGAUUUUAUAGCUCCUCUUAAAUCACUGUGAAAGCUAAUGACUAUUUUGGAUGUGAGAGGAGGUCCUGUCAAGAUUGCAUUACUAGUCGUAUUUGGGACAGGGAUUCUGUUGGGUAACUUCAAACUUAACUAGUUUUAAGUAGUAAACUAGUAACUUUGACAUAUUAUAGAGCACCAGCGUGGAAUGUAUUUCUGCUACCGUAUUCGAAUACCUUGUAGAAGUAUAACACAAAUGUAUUACAGAAUUGCAAGUUUCAAAAGGCAAGACUAUUUUAUACAUAGUCAAUUUGACUAUUGCUAAUUAUAUAAUACUUUUCUUGAUUUGAUAAUGAGUAGGUCCUCUGUCUGCCUUUAUGGGGGCAGAGAGGAGUUUGCAUCUGUAUUGUCAGACUACUUAACCUGCCUUGAAUCAUAGGAAGAAAAAAAAGACAGACAGAGGUAAUACUGUUUAUUUUUAUCUGACUUAAGCCUACAGAACAAGUACAUUUUUACUUCUUAUAUAAUUAGUGUUGAUCAGUCUUAGUAAUGGAGAUUAUAGGCUGAUACUCUUGCUUAUCCCUUUAUUUUCUUCUGUUUUUCCUAGUGGGAGUUUAAUUAUUUUCUGGGAAUGUUCCCCAGCCCUAAUGCAUGCAGUGGUAUGUAAGGUGACUAGAAGUUAACUUGGUGCUAUGUGAAGUCUUCCGAUGCCUCAUAGUAAAAAUAUAUAUAGCUGGUGUAUUCAGUGUUUUCUUCAAUAAUCAGUGGGAAUAAAUGAAGUGAGAAUUCCAUGA